GUGGUACAACAACAAACGCAUUAUCUCCCUCAAUGCUUGGAUAGUUCUCCUUCUGAUCACCUCUUCAACUAACGGUUAUGAUGGUAGCAUGAUGAAUGGUCUCCAGUCUCUGCAGCAAUAGCAGGAUGACUUUAACCACCCGUCAAAUGGGAAGACUGGGCCUUCUCAAUGUCAUCCAGAAUAUUGGCGCAUUGGCAGGCUAUCCUUUCGCCCCUUACCUCUCUGAUGGUCUCGGGCGCCGUAAGACGGUUUUCCUUGGCGCAACCAUCAUGCUUGUUGCCACAGUGUUGCAAACCGCUUCUCAGUCAGUUGGCAUGUUUAUCGGCGCUCGGUUCUUGAUUGGCUUUGGUUUGACCUUUGCUGCUAAUGCUGCGCCUAUGCUUGUCACCGAACUGGCGUAUCCAGAGUACCGAGCUCCUCUGACAUCAUUGUAUAACUCCCUUUGGUACUCCGGCGCCAUUGUCGCAGCUUGGGCUACAUAUGGGACAUUCAGGAUCAGCAAUACGUGGGCAUGGCGCUUGCCAUCCUUGCUGCAGGGAGUACCUGCGGCUUUGCAGUUUUCAUUGGUCCUCUUCUGCCCAGAGUCUCCUCGUUGGUUAGUUAGCAAGGGUAGAGAUGCCGAGGCACUCCGUACCUUGGCUUACUACCAUGCCGACGGUGACGAACAAGAUCCCCUCAUUCAGCACGAAUUCCGUGAAAUUAAGGCUGCCAUCGAAUUUGAUCGUAGCGUUGCUGCCAACGUCGGUUGGAGGUCUCUCAUUGUCACCCGGGGAAAUCUUAAGCGCAUGCGAAUCAUUAUCGCUCUCGCUUUCUUUUCAACGUGGUCUGGGAACGGUCUCAUUUCGUACUACCUGAACGAGGUCUUCACUCAAAUUGGCAUCACAGGCUCUAGCACUCAGUUGCUCAUCAACGGUGUCCUGCAAAUUUGGAAUCUGUUCUGGGCUGUCCUUGCUGCCUUCAUCUCGGGCGUCGAUUCCUUUUCUUGUCCUCUGCCGCUUUGAUGACCUUGUUCUACACCGCGCAAGCCAUUUGCUUCGUGGACUAUACCAAGCACAGAGUGGCCGCCGCCGGCCAUGCCGUUGUUGGCUUUGUCUUCCUG